AUGCAUGGGGAAAUACCGAUGGACGUAGAGCAUGAGCUUGGAUGGAAACGUGAAAGUAAGCAAAGAGGCGGGGGAUGCUCCCACUUAUCGCCAUUGAAGAAACGUAAGAUAGGUGCAGAGACGGCGAAGGAAAGCUGCACUCAAAUGGUUAAAUGCCUAAAUGAUAGAAGAAAGGUUGCCACAAAAAAAGUCAAGUGGAUUUACGCUAUAAAUAUUAGCCGGCUCCCUAUGACGAUAAUAGGGUAUCUCCAUUUGGUACUGAACUUUGUUGUUAUAGGAUUUGUGUGCUAUGUUAUCAUGUAUGUACUGAUAGGAUUGGAGAGGGACAUAAGAUAUAAGAUAAUUAACAGAAGGACGCAGAUACGGCACCAAAUAGAAGAAGCAAAGACCUUCUACAAGGUCAACAAGUGUGAUCCAGCCACAAGAGUGCCUGCAAUAGAGGAUCUGUGCAACAAAUGGGAAUGUGUGAUCAAAAAUGGAUAUUGGUCUAUAGGAUACACUCGCAUCAUUGCAGAAGUUUUUGGGGAUGUCAUGGACGGGUUUAUUAGGAAGUUCUCUAUAAGAAGCUCCUUAACAAUUGGGUUUUUCUUUGUUUUGUUUCUUGUGUUCAGAAGGGCUUCCAGUGCCUGA